AGAUGGCUCUCUUACACAAUCAGAGCAUCUUUUUGUAACGUAAACAAGUUAAAAAGACGCCACUUCUUCAUAGUGGCAAAAAAAGUAUAUUAAAAAGUCCUAGCUAUAAUUCAGUCAAAAAGAAGGGCGACAUACUCUCUACGCAGAGAUAUUACGUAAAUCUAACAUCGUUUCUAUUAGCACAUAGUGUGUAACUGUAGCUAACUUUGCUAACUUCACAACGUGGCAAGACGAGCGCAAUUUCAAUAUCAAAAUUAUCACAUCUUCUCAAAAACGGAAGAAUUUAGAUAAGAAUUUAGAUGAAGAACCACGAGAUAUUGCGUAUUUUGCUCAUUGUCCUUUCUCAAUUCGCUUUCAUUGCUGCUUUGAUUAGCAACGCGCUCGCGGGACAAGGAAAAGGUCCAUUUCAGCGCAGCACUGGAAAUAUAUCCUACAGAUAUCAGACGGAGAUCACUCCUGCAGGAUGGACCUUCUCUAUAUGGGGUGUCAUUUAUUCCUGGCUCUGCCUGAUGAACGUAUAUAUCCUGACCUGGUUCUGUAGAGGGUUGUACUCAAGUCCAGCAAUCCUGCCCUCUGAAUUCUUUCUCUCAUGGAUCAUCAACAUGAUUCUGAACAGCACCUGGCUUGUCUUGUGGGAUAGAGAAUUGAUGAUCCCUGCACUGGUGGUUCUUGCCCUGAUUGCUUUCACCAACUACUUGCUGAUCUUCUUCUCUUGUGUCGGUAUACAGACUCAUGGAUCUUGGCUGAAACAGCACCACCCAAAAGACUUUCUUUGCAUCAUAGUGUUGGUUCAAAAUGGUAUUGCCACCUAUGCAACAUGGACAACCAUUGCCACACUACUCAACUUCACUAUUGUGCUGGAUAUGGCAUCAGUUUCCCCAACAAAUGCUGCUACAGCUUCUUUAUGCAUACUUCUGUUGGAAGUAAUUAUAUGGUUUGCGGUUGAAAACUUCCUAAUAGAGAAGCAUGUCCGUUACAUCCUCACCGUUUACCCUGUGAUUAUCUAUGCUCUAAGUGGAAGCCUAAGCAAGCAUUAUGACGCAGCAGAUCCUGGCCGGAACGCAGUAUUUUCAGUGGUGCUCCUUGUGAUGGUCUGUAUUGUGUUAGUGGUGCGGGUGGGUCUGGUGGUUUGGAGACACAGGACUCGGCCUCUCUUCCAUGAAGUGAACCCUGAAGUCCUGAUGUCACCAAACAGCGGCACUGAUCAGUAACCAAACAUCAUAAACGCUUGUGUUUCUCGUGUAAUAAAUAUGACAUGUCCUGAAUAAUAACCCUUCCAGGUUUGCAUUACCUGCAUAAAUGUGUUUCAGCUGGGGCAGAUGCUUAUAUUUGCAUGGAACUGUAGCAGUUUUGUAUUUAAUAUGAGCUUGAGCCAGGCCGUAUUAAUUGUGCCUUACAUUAAUAGACAUUGUGUCCUGUUAUGUAUUAUACACUACCAUUCAGAAGUUUUCUAUGUAUUUGAAAGAACUGUCUUAUGCUCACCAAGACUGCAUUUUUGUAUCAAAAUACAGUAAAAACAUAGCUAUUGUUACAAUUUAAAAUAACUUUUCUAUUUUAAUAUAUUUUUUAAAUGUAAUAGUGUGUUUAUAUGCAUACAGUUACUCGUGACCAAAAAUAACAGUUUUAUACCUGACAGUAUUCUGAUUUGCUAGUUACUAUAAGAUUUACAUGUGCGUGUAUUUACAUUAAAAUGUAGUAAUUUAGCAGACUCUGUAAUCCAAAGCAAAAUACAAAUAAGAAACAUCAUAAGCAAUAUGUCAUACAAGAACCAAUAAUAAUAACAAAACCUCAUUGCAAAAGUAGUACAGAAGUCAUAGGAAAAUUAAAAAACAAAAAAUGUCUCGUUUGUUUGUUUAAAAGGUGCAGAAUGCAAUUUCUGAGAAACUGUUGAAAAUAGUGCUGCACGAUUAAUUGCAUCGAAACAGCAACGCGAUUUGCCAUUUUUAUUUUUAUUUUUUAUUUUUUUAUGCGCAGCUUGUCAGUGCGGUAGUAAAUGUUGCUUCAUCUGAACGCCAGAGGGCGCUCUCACACACACGUCAAAUAUGCCCCGCCGCUGAAGUACUAUAACGUACAUCAUUUUAGGAAAUUUCUAUCGGGCAUCAUCGCUUUAGCUGAAUAAACAGAAGAUUUAAACACUUGUGAUUGUUGAUUAAACAUGUCUUAUAAAUACACGACUGCCUUUUUUUUUUGUGUGUAAGAAGCCACAUCAUCUAACAGAAGGAUGCUCCAAAUAACAAACAAUCGCAGCCUUUGCGAUUUCAAAAUCGUGAUGAGCCAAAUCGGUUUAAAGUGCGAUUACAUGGAAAUUGUGAUGAAUGGUGCAGCUCUUGUUAAAAGUAUCCCGCAGGAUUCAGUUCUGCUCCUGCAAAAAUAUAUGUUACCUUUUCCCGCUCCUCCCCGCAACAUUCAUGUUUCGUCCCACUACCGCACACAAAAGCACGCAUAAAAGUACUAAUCGAUUUUUUUUUCUGUACCUCCAUGAAAUAGGCUACUUUCAAGUUAGCCUAUGUGUCGCCACCUACACAUCAGCAUAAAUGCUACAGAUAUUAAAGCAUUAACAUUCACAAACCGCUGUUAAUUUAUCAAAAGCAAACAGGCUACUGUGUGCAUGGUUUGGCAUGACUGAAUACGGCAAGUGCGCUCCCUUUCCUAAAAAGCUGACAUCUCACUUCAUUGCGAUAUCACAAAUUAUUAUUAUUAUCAAGAAACAUAAAUUAUUAUGUUAUUAUCAAUGAAGCUGAUUGCACAAUUACAUUUCUACACUUUGUUUGUUAUAAUCAGAGGAUUUAACGGCAUGCAGAAUGCAGCACUGAACAAAAGUCAGUUUUGAAUCUUAAAUGGUUCUAAUUGCCAUUGCGUUCAAGAAAUCAACACAUAUGCCUGUGAUUGGCUACAUUGUUCACCGCUGUAAACAUGUUAUGAAACUCUGGCCUGUAAAUCAUUUCUAUUUUAUUUUAGUUGUUUUUGUUGCUUUUGUGCAGCAGAUGAAUAACAAUUUAUUCAGUUUUAGAUGUUUUAUUUAUACUCAUUUCUAUAUUGCGGGAGUCCCACGAAUCAUUUAAUUCUCCCGCAACCGUGUUACAAUUACCGUGUUUUUGUGAUUUCAAAUAUCAACAGUGUUUCUCAGAAAUCGCUUACUGCACCUUUAUGUUGUUAAGUGUUGUAAAAGACAAUAAUACUUAUGAAAUGCUCAUUUAUGAAUGUUUAAUAAAAUAGUUGCAUCUGAUCUCACUGUGAAAAUCUCAUUGUUAAAGGUUACUAAAAUUUUUAACACAGACGUGGCAUGAUACACACUAUGAAUGAAACACACUAUGAUACACACGAUGAAUGAUUCGUGACAAACAACUCUGAUAGGUGUUUAGUGCAAGCGCUCUGGAAACCACCUUGGUGUUGAUUGCAAGCUUGUGAAGAACCAUUGAGUUUUCAACAGUGAUUACAGAGACAGUAUACCUCACAUUCUGUGUGAGUACAUGCUUUGAUCACGGCUCUUCAUGUACAUUUACUUUGGUGUGGAUGUGAACUGAAGCAUCUUGUCAUGCAUGUUGUUGCCCUUUUGGAAUGUGUGUGUCUCCUGGCAGCAGCUGCACCAGGCUUGACCCUGUGUACUUUGGCUUGUUCACUACAGGAUGAAUUACUUAUGAGAAAGUAAAAGACAAAUAAAGGACAUUUUUUCCUCCCAGGAGAUUAACAUCCCCUCCAUUUUAGACUUGCUUACCCUCUGCAAAUCAAAGUACUAUGUAAUUUUAUUCUAAUGAAACAAAUAGUGCAAAACAGCA